GGAUGUAUUAUCCGUACUGCGUUUGUGAUCGACGGAUUGCGCCACUACGAAAUCCACCCGGCGCGAUGACGAGCGUCACGACAUGGGAGAUCGUCCAAGCCACCAUCGCCGCGGAGACCACCAAGCAGGUUGUUGUCCUCUUUGACGCUCCGUGGUCUGCUGCCAAGUCGAAGAAGGCGCAGGCGAAUUUGGAAACGCUCCUUGGCCCUCAGCGCAGUGACUUGGUGUACGUGCGCGUCGACGCAUCGCAGAUCGAUGAUGAUGAAGUGUUCGACCUUGGCGUUGGCGAGCUGCCCUACAUCCAAGUGUACGCCCAAGGCAAGGUCGUCGCUGGUCUGGAUGCGUCGGACGCGUUGGUCGCACGCAAUCUGGUGCGGUACAUUGGGUGGCAUGCUGGAGACAUCGUCGCCAACAGUCCAUUGCCCCAAGUCGACUACACCAAGCUCACUGCCCUCGUGGACUCCAUCACCAAGGGCGAAACAGACUUCAUCGCCAACUGCGCCAAUGUAUCGGCUGCGAUUUGGGGCGCCUUCUUCGAGGCCAAGCGGCCGGUGAACUGGGCUGGGUUUUACCUCAACCGUCCCGUGGAAGGGUCGAACACGAGGCUGUUAGUGCUCGGACCCUUUCACGGAAAACCCGCGUGCAAGCGCAUUCAAAUGCACAGCGGAGUCUGCGGCACCGCGGCCUCCACUCGAGUCAUCCAGCGCAUCCCGAACGUGAGCGAGUUUCCAGGCCACAUUGCGUGUGACUCUGCGUCGGCAUCUGAGAUCGUCGUCCCAAUCGUCGUGGACGGCAACUUGGUCGGAGUCCUCGACUUGGACUGCCCGGAAUUGAACGGAUUCCGCCAGGACGAUGCCGAUGGGCUCCAGGCAAUCGUCGACUUGUUUGCGAACCGCACGCACUGGGACUCUUUGACCCUUGCCGUGCGCAACUUGCCGUUGGAGCCCCACCCAGAACACUAGCCCAUUGUUAAAGAGAGCCAUGAAACACGCUGUCUUGGCCAUCGUGACAAUGACCACGGUCCACCCAUUUUUCACCGCGGUGCCGCCACGUGAAUCGCGUUGUGCGUUGGAAUGCGCUCAUGGCGCAAUCAGAGUCGCUCAGGAACUUUCGAGCAGUAAUCGCUCUGCCCCUCGAACGAGAGCGUCGUGAUAGCUGAAUCCGAUGGAUUCGUCGCCAUGCGUCUUUCGCCACCGAAUCAUUGUAACCACAUCGAUCCAUGUCACCGAGAUCCACGUCCGACUUUGCACUCAGCCACGUGCGAUGAACUUCCGAGCCACGUCGCUCUUGUCCAGCGAGUCACGCCCAUUUGUUCAUCCCAAUGCGUCGAGGCCUUCUCUGUGUAAUGCUCAAACGUGAGGCGGCAUGCACUCACGACAACAUCUCGGCGCCUGGACGAUACGAUCCCAACGAUUCAUGGCAACUUCAGAUGCGCCUUGCGAUGCACGCGGACCAGCCGAAUCACAGCGCCGACAGCAACGGCCGUAUCGGCUCCACACCAAGAUGGGAAAAGAGGAACGGGUUAGCUUACAUCUUGGCACAUUCGACGUCUUACCAACUUGACGUGCCGAACUUGUGGAAAAGACUUGAACAUGGCGCUGCUCUCCCUCAUGAAAUCCAUGGGGUUGUCCGCCGUGCCCGUCUGCCCUUCUUGAUGGCAAUCUCAUUCCUUACACCGCUUAAGUGGACGUUGCUGGGGCGACCGUCGGGUCUUCGGCAGCCAUCUUUUGCAGCUGCUCGAAAAUCUUGAUUGGCGCCGACAACCCAAACAGCUUGAUGAGGCCGGAUGGAAACGUUCCGCCAAAGUCGACGUGGGCGUACACGAUCGCGUCGCAUUUCGCUGGGUCACUCGCGUGGGGAAUCAAGAGAUAUCCUGUCAAGAGCGCGUGGGCGCGGGAAUACCCUGUCUUCCUCCCGAAUUCGUCGGCAGACGUGAUGGAGCGAGACGCGAUGGCGAUCCGUCCAUCGGGAAGGCGCUUGGUAGUCGUGACGACACAAAAGUCGCGCGGAUCGAUGAUCAUGAACCCAUGCGUCUCAAAGUAUCGUAAAUCGGUGGUGUCGUCAAAUGUGUGGACCACGCUCCCGGUCCUCGUGAACUUGUCGAGGCGUGGUCCCAUCUUGAUAUCUGCCAGGAUGCGUGCACACGUGUCAACCGACGCCUGGACCUUUCCUACAGUCUUCAUGGCAGGCCAUUCGCUAUUCUGCACAUCUCCCCAGAACACUUGGAUGCCCUUGCGCCUCUUGCCGGGUCCGACAUUCCACGUAGAUGGAAUGAUCCCUUGCCCGCAGACCCGCGCAAGAAGCAUCGCCACUGUUUCUUCCUUGAAUGCCUCAACGUUCUUUCGCACGACAGACAGCUCCAGCACGGGAUGCAGCCACGCAGAGUCUGGCAAAGGUUUGUCGUCGGCGUCGCCUGUGCUGCUCAUUCUCGUGUGCUUGACAUGUCUAUCCGGAUAAUCGUACAUGU